AUGGGAGAUCUCUAUGCUUUGGACUUCGAUGGAGUUCUCUGUGAUAGUUGUGGAGAAAGCUCUCUUUCUGCUGUUAAGGCUGCGAAAGUGAGAUGGCCUGAUUUGUUCAAAGGAGUUGACUCUGCAUUAGAGGAAUGGAUCGUUGAACAGAUGCAUAUUGUGAGACCUGUGGUGGAAACUGGCUAUGAGAAUCUUCUACUUGUGAGGUUGUUGUUGGAGACGAAGAUACCGUCUAUUCGAAAAUCUUCAGUUGCAGAGGGAUUGACUGUUGAUGGGAUAUUGGAGAGCUGGGGAAAGAUUAAGCCGGUUAUUAUGGAAGCUUGGGAAGAAGAUAAAGAUCCGUUGGUCGAUUUGUUUGGAAAAGUUAGAGAUGAUUGGAUUAAAGAGGACUUGGCAACUUGGAUUGGUGCUAAUAGAUUCUAUCCAGGAGUUUCAGAUGCACUGAAAUUUGCUAGCUCAAAGAUUUACAUUGUUACCACGAAACAGGGUCGCUUUGCGGAAGCGUUGCUGCGUGAAAUAGCAGGGGUAAUCAUACCAUCAGAGAGGAUUUAUGGUCUGGGCUCAGGGCCAAAGGUGGAAGUGCUAAAGCUACUUCAAAAUAAACCAGAACACCAGGGCUUGACUUUGCAUUUUGUGGAAGAUAGGCUCGCAACGCUGAAGAAUGUCAUCAAAGAGCCUGAAUUAGACAAAUGGAAUUUAUACUUAGGUGACUGGGGCUACAACACCGAGAAAGAGAGAGCAGAGGCAUCGAGCAUUCCAAGGAUUCAGGUUAUCGAGCUCUCCACGUUUAGCAAUAAGCUUAAAUGA